AUGCCACCUCCUUCUGAUUCUGUCUCAGAUUCUUCGAUGAGUCCUCUUCAAAUCGCCGGACUCAACCUUCUUUCUCCCUCAUCUCGCCAGCAGCGCGACUCGAUGCCUUCUACCGCCGUCCUCAUGGCCAAAUGUGAUAUCUCCAUCAUCUUCCUCCUCUGUAUCACACCUAAGUCCCAAACUCUUCAUCUCUCUCCCUCAUCUCUGAUUCUCACCACCGUCACAACUACGCUAAGCGAAGAGUUGAAGAAAAAGAGGGAGUUCGGGAGUUACCUAUCGGAGACGCUCAAAGGCGAAAGGGAGAGAGUUAGAGAGAAGGUUCCAGAAAGAGGUUGA